AGCAAGCAGCGCCUACUGCCACUACAGCCAAUCGCAGGAGGAGGCCGCGCUGAAGGCAGGACCAAUGUAGGGGAGUGCCCAAUAGCCGGCUUUGCCGGGAAUGACGGGCAGGCAAGAGGCCAAUAGGAGUAAUGAGGAUUGCUCUCAUGACGUCACGCACACGGUCUGUGAUCCUUAUGUAGGGUGGUUUAUGCCGUCCAGCCGCAGACUGAUAGUGACACCCAGUAGUGACCUGUGUAUAGUCCGGCGACCAUGUGUGGAAUAUUUGCUUACCUCAACUACCACGUGCCCCGCACCAGGCGUGAGAUCCUCGAGAGACUUAUCAAAGGUCUCCAGAGACUGGAAUACAGAGGCUAUGACUCCGCAGGUGUUGGUAUCGAUGGCGGCAAUGAAAAGAAUUGGGAGAAGAACAAUAACAAAAUCCAGCUCGUUAAGACGAAGGGAAAAGUCAAGGCCUUGGAUGAAGAGAUAAACAAGCAGGAAAACAUCGAUCUAGAUAUUGAAUUUGAGAUUCACCUGGGUAUUGCACACACCCGCUGGGCCACUCACGGAGAACCCAGCCCUACGAACAGUCACCCACAGCGCUCUGACAAAAACAAUGAGUUCAUCGUUAUUCACAAUGGCAUAAUCACCAACUAUAAAGACCUGAAGAAGUUUUUGGAGAGUAAAGGCUACGAGUUUGAGUCUGAGACUGACACUGAGACCAUUGCCAAGCUUGUGAAAUAUAUGUUUGAUAACCGGGAGAACAAUGACAUCAGCUUUGCCACACUGGUAGAGCGGGUUAUCCAGCAGCUGGAAGGUGCUUUUGCACUGGUGUUUAAGAGCGUGCAUUUCCCAGGCCAGGCCGUCGGGACCAGGAGGGGUAGUCCACUUCUGAUUGGUGUGCUAAGUGAGCAUAAGCUAUCUACAGAUCACAUCCCUAUCCUCUACCGCUCAGUGACACAAAGUAUGGAUUAUCCUCUAGAGGGACUGUCCAUUGUAAUGGAUAAAGGACUAGAGAAGAAAGGUGGCUGCUCACUGCCCCGAGUGGACAGCACCACUUGCCUGUUUGUGGAAGAGAAGGCCGUGGAAUAUUACUUUGCAAUCAGAUGCCAGGUGAGAGAAAUAAGUGCUGUAAUUGAACAUACCAACAGAGUCAUCUACCUAGAAGAUGAUGACGUGGCAGCUGUGGUGGAUGGGCGCCUCUCUAUCCACCGCAUCAAGAGAAGCGCAGGCGACCACCCAGCCCGUGCCAUUCAGACCCUGCAGAUGGAGCUGCAGCAGAUUAUGAAGGGUAACUUCAGCUCCUUCAUGCAGAAGGAAAUCUUUGAGCAGCCGGAGUCCGUAGUCAACACCAUGAGAGGGCGUGUCAACUUUGAUGACCUAACAGUGAUUUUGGGAGGUUUAAAGGACCAUCUGAAAGAAAUCCAGAGGUGUCGACGACUAAUCCUCAUUGCCUGUGGAACCAGUUAUCAUGCUGGAGUUGCUACGCGUCAGAUCUUAGAAGAACUCACAGAACUGCCGGUCAUGGUGGAACUGGCCAGUGAUUUCCUGGACCGGAAAACACCAGUGUUCAGAGAUGAUGUGGGCUUCUUCAUCAGCCAGUCAGGAGAGACCGCUGACACGCUGCUGGCUCUGCGAUAUUGCAAAGAGCGUGGCGCCCUGACUGUGGGAAUCACAAACACUGUUGGCAGUUCCAUCUCCCGGGAAACUGACUGUGGGGUCCACAUUAAUGCUGGGCCUGAGAUAGGUGUGGCCAGCACAAAGGCAUACACUAGCCAGUUUGUGGCACUUGUAAUGUUUGCACUCUUAGUUUGUGAUGACCGCAUAUCUGUGCAGGAGCGCCGCAAACAAAUUCUGCAAGGCCUGAAAGUCCUACCAGACAACAUUAAGGAGGUGCUGAGCCUCGAUGAUGAGAUCCAGAAGCUGGCAGUAGAGCUGUAUCAGCAGAAAUCUGUAUUGAUCAUGGGUCGCGGGUUUCACUAUGCAACAUGCUUGGAAGGUGCUCUGAAAAUUAAGGAAAUCACAUACAUGCAUUCAGAGGGGAUCUUGGCUGGGGAGCUAAAGCACGGUCCCCUGGCCCUGGUGGACAAACUCAUGCCAGUCAUCAUGAUCAUCAUGCGGGAUCAUGCCUACACCAAGUGCCAAAAUGCACUGCAGCAAGUGGUUGCAAGACAGGGCCGCCCAGUAGUAAUCUGUGACAAGGAAGAUGUAGAAACCAUUAAUACAAUCAAACGCACAAUUAAAGUUCCUCACACAGUGGAUUGUCUACAAGGAAUUCUGAGUGUGAUCCCCCUACAACUCCUUGCUUUCCAUCUCGCUGUGCUCAGAGGAUACGAUGUGGAUUGUCCGAGAAACUUGGCCAAAUCGGUGACCGUGGAGUAAAUUGGGAAGGGGGGACCCUAGAAGACACUUUCUACCAAUUUUAAAGCCCAGUUUUUACUUUUGUAUUUAUGUUUCCCAAUUUUUUUUCCUUUGUACUCCUAGAUCCAUGUGAAGUUCCUCUUGAGCGGAGAGCCAGAAUAUUGUACUAAUGUACUGUCUGUCGUGAACAGACAGCGCACUGUAGAAUAGCCAUCACCUUUGCAGAAACCUUGGCAGAGUUCUAGUGAUUUGCAAUAACUUUCUCAUCAAGCCAAAUCUAGCACUUUAAAAUGUUUGUCCAUCUUACCAUACCAAUGCCUGUACUCUCCCAAGAAUUGUAUGUGCCAAGAGAUUAUCCAUUAUGUGCAUACACAAUCAGGCUGUUUACUGCUGUGUGUGAUACACACUUUUUUUUUUUUUUUCUUUUCCUUUUCCUCCCUAUGUUUAUAUGUGACAAGGAAUUAAAUCAAUCAGAUUUGAUGCUUAAAGAUCAUGAUGCAAGCACAAGUAAUUUGUUAGUGCCCUUCCGACUAUUCAUCCUAUAAUCCUAUCCUCUCCACCUGUGUUUUGUUUUGUAGAUUUGUUCUCUUCUCUUUUUUUUUUUGUAUGUAUUUUUUUUAUUUCUGUUUCAGUAAAUUUAUGAUUUGUUUUGUGUUGUAAAACUUUAUUGAGAUUACAGGAAAAGAGAACUACAGCUAGUGACUGCAUUAAUGGCCCCUUUUUUACACCUGUAUUUCCAAGAGGUCUGUACUGUACAGUCUAGAAUAAUAACUACAUUUUCUGGCUCAUAUUCCUGCCAUAUCAUUGAUUAUUGCUGUUGGAGUUGCACUUUCUUUUUUUUUUCUUGUGCAUUUAUUACCUCUGCUGGAGUAAUUACUGCUCCCUCCAUCCCACUGGAAAGACUGAAUUGCUCUGCCAUAGCCUUAUGCAUUUAAAUACCUCCCUUUAGGUUUUUUUUGCAAAUAAGAACUUUUGUCUGGAAUAUUAAAAUGUGUCAAUGAUCAAGAAUGUUUAUUUUUUUGCUUCUAACCAGAUCUUUGUCAGAUGAUUUGUAAUCGGCAUUUUACAUAAAUUAAGACUUAUCAAGCAGUGUAAAUGUUCUCCAGAGUGGCCAGUGAAAAAGUUAUGGCUAUUCACGGUGUGCCAGUAGCCAGAGACGUUUGGUUCUGCCAUUUUGUAAAGUUUUAACAGCAAAUUGAAAUUAUUGGCCUUCUGUUCAGACCUUUUAUUAUUAUUAUAACUACCUUUUUUUAAUGCUUCAUGUUUACAUUAUAGUCUUGUACUUGAGUCUCUACAUUUUAGACCGACCCGCCUGGAAUGCAGGAACUGUGAAAAAUCUGUUUUCCACCAGUCAGCUUGCUGUCUGAAGUGGAGUAGUACGAUGUCCUAUAUUAACAGUAUUCAGCAUAUGAGGGCCCUGUCUGUCAGGACACAAUCAGGCACCCAAUGACUGUCGCCAUUGGCAACGUUUUCUGGAAAAAAAUUUUUUAAGAGCAACAAACCCUUUCAUGACCAAGCUCUCGUUCCCAACAGACAGACUCCUUCCGUUAGGAAAUGAAGGCUUGCUGAGACCUACACAUGCACUACUACUAAUGAAGAUUUAAAGGAAAAUAAAAAUGUGACUUUUUUUUUUUUUUUUUGUUAUCUUGCGUCCCUUUUUUGUUUAUCUAUUUUGUAUUCAGUUUAAAAAUGUUGGUACUUUAUAUAUUUUUUACAUACAUAUUUAAUUUUUUUUGUUUUUCUUUCUUUGUUGUAACUGGAAAAAUGCAAGUUUCUAUUAGAUGGAAAUUUGUUCUAUUAAUGUGCGAAAUUUACAAAGGACCAAAGAUACCAUGCUUUUAAAACACACAUGAAUUCUGUGAAGUGAAACAAUAAACAUUUAGACCUG